UUCAUUCUGUGUGGAAAACCACUGGGUCUUCGGUUUUCACAUCCAGAAUGGCUGUCAUCAUUCCGAUGUGGUGGGACAGGAACUCCGGCAUUGAUUGAUCCUGUUGCAGUUCCUGGAUUUCAUCUCAGCUGCAAUCCGUGCAUGGUCUUCGGAAAUGUUGGGCUACGUUUACUCUCCUCCAGAACCUGAAUCCUUUGAGGGUGAAAUUAGUCUGAGCCUUUUGCUGUAGCUAUAAAAGCAGCAGUAGCAGCAGCCGCAGGGCCAUGCUAAUUCCUUCUUACUCCUCUGUGGUAAUUUGCAAACAAACUCUCACGACCACGGAUCAUGAACUCAUCUUGAGGGUACAGUGUCAUCUUCGUAAUAGCGCCAAACAUUCCACGACCAAAGAGGAUUUCCUGCGGGGUCACUCUAAGGUUGCAGCCCGAAACAUGGUUUCCCUGGCAGGAAAAUUUUGCGCCCCUUCGUGGAGGGAGUUGUUUUCUCACUGGGGGCCUCGUGGAGGGGCAGAGCUGAGGCAGGGCAAGUCGAAUGGGCAUGAUUGGCAGAGGCUGCGGAGGAUGUCAUUGAAGCAGCUUCCAUCUGCAGGUAGACAUGUUGUUGCCACCGCUGAAUCAACAGAUGAGGCCAAGAUAGCCAACCUUUCGGCAUCCAAGAGCAGCGUUUCACGUUUCACCUUAUCUGGGAAUGUUGAGGCGUCAGGGAAGCCAUAUGCACUAAGCUCAUUUCUCCGCCAGCCAGCAGGCAGAGAGAGCAUGUUGAAUGCCAGGGCUCUCAGGAAGAUCGAACCUCUGGAGGACGAUCUGUACCGGUGUUACCUUGGGACAACAGAAUUCUUUGGAAUAGCUGUCACACCCGUCAUUGACUUGCAAGUGACUGUUGCAGACUCUGAUUGCCUGGUGGAGAUGCUCUCCUGCAGAUUCGAGGGUUCCAAUCAGGUUCACGAAAUAAACAGGAGAUUCUCUGCAAGUCUUUCCAAUCGUCUCCAUUGGGAGCCGAUGGGUUCUCGGCAGCUCUUACUCAAGAAUGAUGUCAACUUAUCGGUUUCUCUAGAAGUCUUUACUCUACCCUUUACCAUGCUGCCAAUUUCUGCAGUGGAGGUCCCAGGAAAUACAUUGCUUCAAGCAUUGCUUGAAAGGCUUGUCCCUCUCUUUCUUCAGCAACUCAAGGACGACUACACGGCAUGGGCUUCCACGGUCUCAAAGAAUGCAAAUCGAAUGGAAACCAACGGUGCGCCUCUGCAUCAUCCCUCAUGACAAUCGUUUCACGUAGGCUGGAACUUCAAGGGACCACCAAAAGUUGUAGCCUUAAAUGCUCAGUGAAGUUGGUGCCCUCUCCCUUUUUUCGGCAAAAAUGGUCCUUGUUCUUAGUUUACAAUUCCUGUGUGCUUGGCUGGUGGACGAAGGGUGAAGAGUUCAAUCCUGUCCCACAAUAACCGAGGGGUCGCCCUGCUCCAGAGAAAAAAAAGGAAAGAAAUCACUAGCUGAGAGUGAGCUGGCUUUCAAUAUCCUCUGGUAAACAACAGUACCAUGAAGGAAAGCAGGGAACAUGCAACACAUAUGGGUGCAAGUCCAAAUGGGAGUUACUUCAUAGCCUCCAGUUUCAAACCUAGAGUCUGUUCUCAGUCUGUUCUGUUCUCUCUUCGGAGUUGGUCAGCGCCGGAUCCAGUUUGAACUUUGAAUAUGACGUUUUCACAUCCUGCAAAGCAGGGAAAGGGGGGGUUAAGAAGGGGAAAGAAGGGGGGUGAGCAGGUGAGGGGGCACGGACAUAGAGACACAGAGAGAGAGUGAGAAUGUAACAUUGCAGUGCAAGUCUUGGAAGACCACAUGCCAGUGCGUAUCGGUCUCCUCCGCUGAGCUGCCCCUUUUCGCCCACAGGUUCUUUUCUGCCUGUAAACACUUCUCGUUGAUGGAAGUCGCCAUGGCGUCUGUGCACACCAGCAUGUCCUUGGAAUUGGAUCCUUGAGGUCGGCGUGCUGGCACGUUCAUACAUUGAGAAAGUUCACAUAAGGACUGCUUACUGGAGCUUAGAGAUUGCACCUCGUUGUUCUUUUUCAAGUUUUUCUGCUUUGGGGGGGGAUGUCAAGGGCAGAAACAACCUGUCUCCAGUGACAGGAUUAAAAAAAUUAGCCUCGUCAGCAUGCACGUAAAUAUCUCCAUGUCCAGGCGUAGAUCAUCCAGCUAUUUUUGUUGACUGGGCAAGUUUUGUCGUGUCCUAACCUGAGUGACUUGGUAAUGCACUUUUCCCUUCUUUUUUUCUCCCCUAGCAUUGCCACACGUUUGCCUGCCAAAUGUUUACCUACAUUACAUCCAAAAAGAUCUCCAAAAAAAUCUAUGUGAUGAACGUCUUGAGUCUCUUUUUUAUAUAUCCCUAUAAUCCCUAUUGUUUAACUUUUAAGCCAAAAAAAAAAUUAUGGUUGAUCUGAUGGCAAAAACCAUUCACUUGUAAUUACCUGCAAAAUCUCAAGA